AUGGCACCAGCUUUGGGCAAAAGGAAGCGGCGUGAUCAAAUUACUGAUCUUGAGUCUAGCCGUGAAGCUCCUGCGGACGAAGACUCCACCAAUUUGCAAGCUCUCUUCCGGCAACAUUUCGAGUCCACCUUUGAACCAUUGCCAGGCUCCUCUGCGCACCCACCGUUAGUCCAUAAGCUCGAUACCAAGGCGACUGACGAAGGAAUCGAGUCUGAUUGGGACGGAUUUUCGGAACACGGCGAAGAGCAUGCAGAGACUGUACACCACGCUACCUCUGCACCGUCCAAAGCGGAUGUUUCCAAGGACGAAUUCAGAACAUUCAUGAGUGCAAAACCUCCAUCCUCGGUUACAAAGGUAGCGUCUACAGCGAAACGGAAAUGGCCUGAGAUCACCAGAGAAUGA